CCUUGGUUGCUAACAUCUGCGCUGCCGACUAUCAGCGCUUGUACAACAACAAUGAACGCCUUUGGUGAUUCCAAUAAAAAACACGGCAGUGUCUCAAUAGAUUGUCUUUAAUUUUAUUGUUUUUAAUUGGAAAUUGAUGCUGCGAAACAUUAUUUGACGAUCAGUGUGCUGGUCUCAUAGAAAGGAGAAGAUCCCUUUUAGGAGUGAGCUGUUGGUGUGUGUCAUGGCAGGUGGAAGGCGAGGGGCCAACCGCACGACUUACUGCAGACCCCCACUUGGCAGUGAACCAGGCUCAGUAAGCAAUGGCAACCACUCCACCAGCUCCCCUGUUACCGGGGUUCGAUCUCGCGCAAGGAGUGGUACGGGAGCUUGCAUGUCCAGCCCUCCGUUGGCUGCGCAGACUGUCGUGCCCUUGAAACACUGCAAGAUCCCUGAGUUGCCUGGGGAUCACAAUAUGAUGUUUGAGCUCCAUCUUUUCUUCUGCCAACUCAUUGCCCUCUUUGUCCACUAUGUCAACAUCUACAAGAGUGUGUGGUGGUACCCGCCAUCACAUCCGCCCUCAUACACUUCACUGAACUUCCACCUGAUUGAUUAUAACAUGCUCGUGUUCAUAAUCAUCAUUCUGGCUCGGAGGUUAAUCGGAGCAAUCGUCAAAGAGGCAUCACAGAGUGGGAAGCUCUCAUUUCCUCAUUCCAUCUUCUUAGUGACGGCAAGGUUUGCUGUGCUAACGCUAACAGGCUGGAGUCUGUGCCGCUCCCUCAUUUAUCUCUUCAGAACUUACUCUGUGCUAAGCCUGCUCUUCCUUUGCUACCCAUUCGGGAUGUAUAUUCCAUUUGUCCGGUUGAGCUGCGACUUGCGUCGUAUAGGUGCCCUCUCCCCCAUCGCCAACAUCGGCUCCAAGGAGCUUGGCGGCGUAGGCAGAGGGCGGGACUAUCUGACGAUGCUCAAGGAAACCUGGAAGCAGCACACCAGUCAGCUGUACGGCGUCCAGGUUUUACCAACUCAUGCCUGCUGCCUUUCUCCAGACUUGAUUCGCAAAGAGGUGGAGUUCCUCAAAAUGGAUUUUAACUGUAGAAUGAAGGAGAUGCUGCUCAGCUCCAUGCUGAGUGCUUACUAUGUGGCCUUUGUUCCCGUCUGGUUUAUCAAGAGCACACAUUAUGUAGACAAUCGCUGGUCUUGCGAGCUAUUCAUCCUGGUGUCUGUCAGCACGUCGGUCAUCCUCAUGAGACACAUUUUGCCAUCUCGCUACUGCGACCUGCUCCACAAAGCUGCAGCUCACCUGGGCUGCUGGCAGAAAGUUGACCCGUCCCUCUGCUCCAACGUCCUCCAGCACAUGUGGACGGAAGAAUACAUGUGGCCACAGGGGGUCCUGGUCAAACAUAAUAAGAACGUCUACAAAGCGAUGGGACACUACAACGUCGCAGUACCAUCAGAUGUGUCCCAUUAUCGCUUCUAUUUCUUUUUCAACAAGCCCCUACGAAUAUUGAACAUCCUCAUCAUCCUGGAAGGCACCAUGAUUUUUUACCAGCUCUACUCGUUGAUAUGCUCCGACAAGUGGCAUCAGACCAUAUCGCUAGCACUGAUCCUCUUCAGUAACUAUUAUGCCUUCUUCAAACUACUGAGAGACCGAAUUGUCUUAGGCAAAGCGUACUCCUACUCAAACAGUCCAUCAGAGCAGAAAGUCAGUUAAGUAUGAAUUACUGUGCGUUCAAGACAAAAAUGCUCAAGAGGUCUGUAUUUUUUCUACAAAUUGCAUUUUGUGUCAUGCUUUUGCUCUGAUCUGUCAUAAUAAAAAGGAGAUAUUUUUGUAUUACUUAA